AUGGAGCAGUUGCGGGAGCUGGUGGUGGACAAGAACAAGAUCAAGCAGUUCGACGAGAAGAGCUUCGAAGGGCUGCGGUCCCUGCGUGAGCUCCGAGCUGAAGACAACGGCCUUAAGAGUCUCUUGAACCUGGGCCCUUUGCCCCGCCUGCGGGCGCUCUACUUGUCGGUGAACCGCAUCGCCGAGCUGUCGGAGCUGGACCGGUUGCGGCACUUGCGACAUCUGCUGGUGGUGCACAUGGCGCAAAACCCCGUGGCGCGGAAGCCGCAGUACCGCCUCCAGCUCUUGCACUGCGUGCCCUCCGCGCGAGCGGUGGAUGGCAAGGAGGUUUCAACUGAGGAGCGCGAGCGGCUGGAGCAAAUUGCGAUGACGGACAGCAAGUCCAACGCAGUGUACGUCUUCAACGAGCCUCCGCCGCCCAAUGUGCAAGUGACCUACAUGACGCCCCCUGUGGCUACGGUGCAAGUUCCGGCGAGCGACUCCAAAGCUGCGGAGCCCCGAACAGAGCGCAGAACCUCGCAGGUGGAGUUCGAUGCUCCAGGCUUGAAGAAGGACCGGGCGCAGUCCGCGCCGCGGCGACAAAGCACCGACGGGCGAGGGAGAUGA